AUGCAUUGGUUAUUAGCAUUCGUCCUUCUUUUCAUUGUCUGUCUCAUUCAUCUAUUCAUUUGUCCAUUCACCAAAGUCGAAGAAAGUUUCAAUUUACAAGCAAUCCACGAUUUGCUCAUUCAUCGUUUGAACGUAUCGAAAUAUGAUCAUUUAGAAUUUUCAGGAGUGGUACCUCGAACAUUUCUCGGACCGAUUCUAAUUGCGAUGUUAGCAUGGCCAUUCGCAGAUAAUUCCACUGUUGAUCAUCUUUACCUACAGUAUAUUGUUCGCAUUAUCCUUGGUUUAUUAGUCAUUUCUGGUUUAACUCAUUUAUAUAAGUCUUUAAAAGGUUAUUGUGAUAUAUCAACACGACGCUGGUGGUUGUUUGUGAUUGUGACACAGUUUCAUUUUCUGUUUUAUGCAACACGAACGUUACCAAAUAUCUUUGCACUUGUCAUUGUUUUGCACUCGUUCGCGUUUUGGCUUGCGGGACGAGGAAAAUCGCUUGUUUGGACAUCAGCUUUUGCAAUACUAAUCUUUCGAUCUGAAUUAGUCGUUUUAUUGGGUUUAAUUUUAUUGCAAGAAGUGUUCAUUCGACGACGUUUGACUUUUACGAAAACGCUCGUGAAUGGCUUAUUUGCAAGUGUUUUAGCCAUUGGAUUAAGCGUAAUCGUUGAUAGCUACUUUUGGCAACGACGGCUAUGGCCGGAAGGCGAGGUGUUAUAUUUUAAUACAAUUUUAAAUAAAAGUUCACAUUGGGGUACAUUUCCAUUUCUCUGGUAUUUCUAUUCCGUUCUACCACGAGCGCUCGGUGCAUCGCUGAUUCUUCUCCCAUUAGGUUUAAUUAUCAAUCGUAAUAUUCAAUGGAUUAUUUUCCCUAAUGUUUUAUUCAUUCUGAUCUAUUCCAUUUUACCACAUAAAGAACUUCGAUUUAUCAUCUAUACAUUUCCAAUUUUGAAUGUAGCUAUUGCUCAAGGCUGUGCUUGGUUAUUUCAAACGAGACGACGUUGGGCAUUGAUUGUCAAACUCGUUGUUUUGGGUUUACUAGCCGCGAAUCUACUUCAAACAGGUAUCUCAUUGUUUGCGUCACAUUACAAUUAUCCCGGAGCACAUGCUUUACUCAAAUUGCAAUCAUACAAGAAAUUCGAUUCAUCAGCAACGGUGCAUAUUGAUGUAUAUGCCGCAGAAAAUGGAGUAUCACGUUUUCUUGAAUUGAAUCAUUGGACUUAUAAUAAAACGGAAAACUUAACUGUUGAUGUUUUAUCUUCGGACUUCGAUUAUUUACUGGUUGAAGCAACGAAUGAUGAAGAUCAUCAUUUACGCCCGUACUUAUCUCGAGGUCAACAAAUAAUUGAUUUUAUUCGUGGAUUUAACGGGUUUUAUCUGGACCAUCAAAUGUUGUUAAGAAUGCGUUACACACCGAAAAUUUAUCUUUUAGAAAAGGAGAAAAAUUGA